GCUAGAAAGAGCUCCUCGAAAAAUGAGCAGAGCUCUGACUCUGAGAAUGCUGCUGAAUAUAGAGAUGAGAAAUGCAAGAGAUGCAUUAAAGCAUCUCUUUAAUGCAUCUCUUGCGUUGCUGCCUGGACUCCCAGUCCUAUCGAGCUAGGCCAUGGCCAGGGCAAUGAAUGAAUCAAUGCCUGCUACCGGUGGCAGUCAAGAGAUGACCCUUGUCAGAUAGGAAGGGUCUGCUAGCUUGUAGUCACGAUGCAUGGUUUGCCUUGCCGUGUUCACGUAGCGCACAGGUCUUGUUGCUUGCGUAGCUGCAACUCUCCUUUCUGCCCUAGAAUCCACUUCCCAACAUAAGCGUUCGUCGUGAUUAGACACGAGACAGGAUCUUCACACAGCACCGGCAAGGGGAGGCAAGCACCAGUGUGAAAUGGACGAGUACGCAUGGAUCAGCCUGCUGGCUGGGUUCAUGGCUGGGAUUUGCGAGGUCAUUGUUGGUUUCCCGUUUGACACCAUCAAGACCAGGAUGCAAGUCUCGCCAAAAGGUGGGGACGGGGGGCCCUCCUACAGAGGCCCCUGGCACUGUAUAAUCACCACAUUACGAAUGGAGGGGGUAUCUGGGUUCUACAGGGGCAUCGUGCCGCCGUUGGUUCAGGAGGCGUUCGGUGUGGCCCUCCUGUUCGGCGCACGCGACUGGCUGCGGGAGCACCUGGACGCCUCGCUCGCCAAUCCGCCCGCUCUAGUUUUCUCGUGCUGCAUCAUCGGGCUCGCGGAGAGCGUGCUCUACUGCCCGCUCGACCUGCUGAAAGCCCGUAUGCAAGUAAAGAGCGCUUUGAGUUCAGACGACAGCCACGUCGGACGCCUUGGCAGCCCGAGUCCGAAGCCGCCCAAGAUUCCGGGCGCCCACCGGAAGCACUCCCACGCGGAACCGGACCCCGCCGGAAUGAUUCGGUGCGCUCAGGAAGUGAUCAAGGCGCGGGGCUGGCGGGGGCUCUAUUCAGGAUACCCAAUUCAGGUGGCGAAAGAAAUGUUGGGCAACGUGGCGCUUUUCUGCACGUACGAUCUCGUGCUGUCCAUCUGCGGAGGCGCCGAUCCGAACGGGCCGGGGCACGGGCAUCCCACGGGACAAAGCUGGCUGGCGAUCUGGCCUGCGGGAAGUCUAGCGGGAAUGGCGUACUAUCUGGUCAACUUUCCGCUGGACACGAUCAAGACGCGCCUCCAAACGGACUCUCUCCACAACCCCAAGUACCGCAGCUCCGCCCACUGCGUGUGGAAGGUCACCCAGCAAGAGUGCACUUUCUUCGAGUUGUACCGGGGACUCUCGCUCUGCUUAGCGAGGGCUAUACCGGGCAGUGCGGUGCAGUUCUUCGUGUUCGAGUCGUGUUUCCGGACCUUUUCCGAGCCCGGGUUGUUCUUAGCGAAGAUUCAAAACUGGCCGUCGAUGGCGGAGCUGAUUCAGAGCGCGCCGGAACGGCCCAUACCGCGGGCGUUGCAGCGGAUAAACUCGACGUUAGUACGGCAAUCGUUAGGUACGUCACCGGGUUGAAGACGAUGCAGGUUACUAGCUGAUCUUUGUAGGAGGGAUUCCAGGCGUAUCACGCACGCGUACGUUAUAACGUUUCCGACUAACCUUGACUGACAUCUAAGGUGGCUCGUACAGACGACUUUCUGCCUUCUAAAACUCAGUUGGAGGCCUCAUUUUCCAGCGU